UUAAUUUUUGAGUGAUGGUUUGUGAAUUUAUUUUCUAUUCUUUAAACAGAAAAAGAAAUAAAUAAAUAAAAUAAACAAAACGAUUUCAAUUCAAUUAUUUUCAUGUAUUCUUGCUCCCAAAGCACUUUAAUUGAAAGUUCAAAAAAACUGAAUUGCGAAAAUGGAGAGCAUGCAUGUUUGGAGCUCAAAAAGUGCAGAAAUGGAAGUGAUGAGGGAGGUAACCGGUAAACGAAAGAUGAUUUUUAUUUUUUAUUUUUAUUUUAAAUAAGGGUAGUAUGGACAUUUUUAGUUUUGCAAAGAGUAAUUUUUUUUCUGCAUUUAGAAAUUAUGUUUUUUAUAGAUUAAAUUUAUCUUGCUUUAUCUUUUAUAUUUAAAUUAAAUUUACCUUUGAUUUUAUCUUUUCCUACUACUUCCGCAACCGCCGAGGGGUCGCAAUUCCGUCGCGCGUUACCCACUCUGCAACACCUCUCUCUCAAACAACCCAAUCUCUGCUACUCCGCCGUCACCAACAGCCAUUGCUGCUACUACUACUUAACCUAUAUUCCAAUUCGGUUCCCCCAAUACCAUCAUCUCCUAAUUCGAAAACCUAAUUGUUGAGUUUUUGAAAAACGUCGUUAAUGCCGGGGAUAACGGCAUCCAUGGAGCCAGUCGAACGACAGUCGUUAAAGAAGCUCAGCUUCAAGUCCCUUAAACGUGCUCUUGACGUUUUUUCUCCUCUUCAUGGUCAAUUCCCUCCUCCUGAUUCCGAAAGUAAAAAGAUACGGUUGAGCCACAAGAUUUGUUUAGAAUAUGGAGGAAUUAAACCUGCUUUAGCUCAGCCUCAGCCUACUAAGCAGAAUCAAGGGCGUUCCUCGUCUGCUCCAUCUGAUCCCCUUGCUCUCCCUGCCCCGGAAGAUGCACAAAGAGGAGGAUCUCAUAAUGCUCUAGUGGUUGCUCCAGCACCACAGUCGAGACUGAAUGAAGUUGGUCCUAGUAAAAGCAAUACACUUAUCUCUAUUCCUGGUUCUUCUGAAAGGUUUUCAACGUCUGCACUUAUGGAAAGGAUUCCAAGUAGAUGGCCAAGACCUGUGUGGCGUGCUCCAUGGAAGAACUACAGGGUAAUAAGUGGCCACUUGGGAUGGGUGAGAUCGCUUGCCUUUGAUCCGAGUAACAAUUGGUUUUGUACGGGUUCAGCUGAUCGUACUAUUAAGAUAUGGGAUGUAGCAACUGGGCAUUUGAAACUUACUCUCACGGGACAUAUUGAACAAGUUAGAGGGCUCGCUGUUAGCCAGAGACAUACCUAUAUGUUCUCUGCUGGUGAUGAUAAAAUGGUGAAGUGCUGGGAUCUUGAGCAAAAUAAGGUGAUUCGCGCUUAUCACGGCCACCUAAGUGGAGUUUACUGCCUGGCUCUUCAUCCCACUCUUGAUGUAUUGCUUACUGGAGGUCGUGAUUCGGUUUGCCGGGUUUGGGACAUACGUAGUAAAACACAAAUCUUUGCUUUGUCAGGGCAUGAUAACACAGUCUGUUCGGUUUUCAGCCGACCCACGGAUCCUCAAGUGGUGACGGGCUCACAUGAUUCAACCAUAAAAUUCUGGGACCUGAGACAUGCAGGAAAAACAAUGACAACACUAACACAUCAUAAGAAGUCUGUACGGGCAAUGGCCUUGCAUCCUAAAGAGAAUAUGUUUGCAUCAGCCUCUGCUGACAACAUAAAGAAGUUUGCCCUUCCAAAAGGAGAGUUUAUGCAUAACAUGCUGUCUCAGCAAAAAACAAUUAUAAAUGCAAUGGCUGUCAACGAGGAAGGAGUCUUGGCUACAGCAGGUGACAAUGGGAGCCUUUGGUUUUGGGACUGGACGAGUGGUCAUAAUUUUCAGCAAUCUCAAACUAUUGUGCAACCUGGUUCAUUGGAUAGUGAGGCUGGCAUCUAUGCACUCUCUUAUGAUCUCACCGGUUCAAGGCUGGUGACAUGUGAAGCGGAUAAAACUAUUAAGAUGUGGAAAGAGGAUGAGACGGCUACCCCUGAAACUCAUCCUCUCAAUUUCAAGCCACCUAAAGACAUUAGACGCUUUUGAUCGUUGUGACUGUUGUGAUAUGCUGAAACUUGAAUCAUUAGAGUAUCUGUAAGUUUUUAUUAUCCAUUGCUUAUUGGUGUAUCACUGUUUAAGUUUUUAGAUGGUAAAGGAAGUCAAUUAAGGGUUGGUUGGUUGGAGGAGAAUAUUUUUGAAAUUCCUUUGACAUGCAAAGCUGAAUUGACGGUUACCUGCGUACGUUCCAUGCUUUCUAGAAUUUCCCACCUUGUAGGAAUCAGGGGAGAGUACUGUUUUAAUUUGUUUCGAUAUUUUAAAAUUUAUAUACUUAACCUUUGCCAA